UUUUUUUUCCCAAUAAAAAAAAUUCGGUUUUACAUGUUUUGCUCCACUCGACCAGCAACAAUUGAGCUGGUGGAACCCAAAACCACUCAUCCUAUGCCAUUCCCGGCCCGCUGUCAGUAGAACUACUGGGCGAUUUGGUUUGCCCUCAAAAGAAAAAAGAAAUUAAAAAAACCACAUUUCUGGGUCCGCUGCAUGGAAGCUAAUCUAGUAUUUCUCUUCUUUCCUUUUUUUUGCUUUUUAUUUUUUAUUUUAUUUAUCUAUUUUUUUUUCCCGGUCUUUUCCCUUAGUUCAAGAAGAAUUAUUUAGAGCUGUGGUCCCAUGCCAUCAAUUGACCCCCGGACUAUACAUAUAAGCUACUCUUUCCGUCCCAGUAUCCCUCAAGCUCUUUUCCCCUGAGUUUUCCCAGUCUUAUACCUUCCAUUGUGGCUUGUUCCUUUCCUCUUCUCUUCUUUAUCAAUCGUCUUCAUAUUAUUAUUUCAAUUAAUCUUCAUCCAUGGAACCGGUAGAGAGGAAGCUAGAGAUUGGCUCCCAUAGCUAUCCUAAAAUGCCCCUCACGCAACAGCGCUCUUCCGGAGAGCCACCCCGCCUAAAAGCCGCACCCAAAGACGAACUCCAUGAUCUUCUGUGUGUGGGCUUUGGACCGGCUUCCCUGGCUAUCGCAAUUGCACUUCACGAUGCUUUAGAUCCAUGCCUGAACAAGUCCGCUCCCAACCCCAACUGGAAGCCCAAGGUUUGCUUCCUGGAGCGACAGAAGCAAUUUGCCUGGCAUUCAGGCAUGUUGGUUCCUGGCUCAAAGAUGCAGAUUUCUUUCAUUAAGGAUCUAGCAACCAUGCGGGAUCCCCGCAGCAGCUUUACUUUCCUGAACUACCUUCACCAGAAAGACCGUUUGAUUCAUUUCACUAACCUGAGUACGUUCCUCCCGGCUCGGCUGGAAUUUGAAGACUAUAUGCGGUGGUGUGCACAGAGAUUCGCGAAUGUGGUGAGCUACGGCGAAGAAGUUAUCGAAGUGACCCCUGGGAAGACCCAUCCAAGCAGCCCGGUGGUCGACUUCUUUACAGUCAAGUCUCGGAACGUAGAGACUGGUGAGAUCUCCACUAGAAUGGCGCGCAAAGUCGUCGUUGCUAUUGGUGGUACUGCGAAAUUACCCAAGGAGCUACCCCAGGACCCAAGGAUUAUGCAUUCGUCCAAGUACUGCACUACUUUACCAGCCAUGCUGAAGGACGACCGAGAAGCCUACAAUAUCGCUGUACUGGGCAGCGGCCAAAGUGCUGCUGAGAUCUUCCACGACCUUCAAAAACGAUACCCGAAUUCGAAAACGACCCUCAUUAUGCGAGAUACAGCUAUGCGGCCUAGUGAUGAUUCACCAUUUGUCAACGAAUUGUUCAACCCCGAACGAGUCGACAAGUUUUUCAACCUUUCCUCUGCCGAACGCCAGCGCUCGCUCGCUGCCGAUAAGGCAACCAAUUACAGUGUUGUUCGACUUGAGUUGAUUGAGCAGAUCUUCCAUGACAUGUACAUUCAAAGGGUCCAAAACCCCGAUGAGACGCAAUGGCAACAUCGCAUUCUCCCCGGCCGCAAGAUCACUCGAGUGGAGCAUUAUGGACCUCACAGGCGGAUGCGGCUUCAUGUUCGGGCUGCAAAGGACGAAAAGGAUAGCCUUGUCGGGGAUGGCAAGGAGACAUUGGAAGUCGAUGCACUCAUGGUGGCCACAGGCUACAACCGUAAUGCGCACGAGCAACUACUGAAGAACGUGCAGCAUCUGCGGCCGGCGGACCAGAAACACUGGACUCCCAACAGGGAAUACCGUGUUGAGAUGGACCCGAGCAAAGUUAGCGCCCAGGCAGGAAUUUGGAUACAAGGUUGCAAUGAGCAAACACAUGGAUUGAGUGAUAGUCUGCUGUCGAUCCUGGCAUCACGCGGUGGCGAGAUGGUGAAUUCGAUCUUUGGAGGCGAGGCGGCGGGAACGGCGGUGCCAGAGACCACUCACGUCCGCGCUAUGCUGUAAAAAAAAGGAAAAAGGGAAAAAGGGAUUGUCGGGUCGGAGACCCUCUAGAUCCGCUUCUUUCGCGCGUUUUUGGCGCUAAAGAUUAUUCUCUGACGAAAGGAUGAGCCGAAACCCAACGGCAGGGGAGGGGUAAAAAUGAAAAGGGAAGCAAACCAAAGUAAUCUUGAUACUGGUAUAUAUUAUUUUAUUUGUUGGAUACCUGUUCUAUUAAGCAUAGACUAUAUACUAUACCAUAGAUCUGAUCUUGUCUGGCUAUGUAGUUAUUGGUAUCUUUUCACAACGAAUGUCCGAAGUGGAAUGAGAGCAUGGUAGCAUCAAUAAACAAUUUCACCGCUUAUUCCAUGUGUUUCAUGGCAAAAAUGAAUGGCACCAAACGGAAAUUUGUUCUGCGACUCUAGCCGUGUGCCUGAACAAGUAGCCACCAACCUCCCUCCGGAACGGACCC